AUGGCUUCUCCUUUAUGUUUCUUCAAACUAUUCUCACUAGUAGUACUGCCAUGGAUGUUUGUUCUUGCUCCGGUAUUGAUUCUUGCUGGUUUUCUUGGAUAUGGGCUCUUACCAAUUUUUCUCACUUCAACAGUGUUAAUUUUAUCCAGUCUUAUCUUGAAUUUCUCAAAGGAAAAACAAACAAAAGUGCAGAAAUCAGUAACACAUGAGAUUGUCACGCCAGAUCAGGCAAGUACUUCACCUUACAUAGAAGAUUUUAUAUCUAAACCAGUACUUGUGCUUGAAAAGGAAUCCAUCACAGAAGAGAAAGUAGAAGAAGAAGAAGAAGAAGAAGGGGAAGAAGGUAGAGGUCAGAUUGAAGAGCACUUGGCAGUAUCAUCACCAGUUAUACUAUCAGAAAGUGACUGCCUUGGUCGCUCAUCAAGUGAGGAUUCAGAAGUGGACUGGCUGUUUCAAGACAAAAUGUUUCAGAGCCGAGAUUGCUCUGAUGGAUCUAUUUCCGACGAGGAUAGCCUCAUUGAAAUCGCCCUUCCGGGUGGACAUUACAUUUGUGAUCAUAAAGAAGAUGCAGUCAACUAUAAACUGCACAAGAAAUUGCCAGAUUUUGCAGCAGGGUCGUUUUUUAAACAGCAUGAUCUAAUAGAGCUUUUGGCAGAACUGAAUGAGAUGAACGAGGAGGAAAAUUUGAUUGAGAUUGACAUAUCAAUGGGCUCCAUCAAGUGUCCAAGGUUUGAGAUUGAAGCUUAA